GACAUAUUAUUUUCCUCCCUUCCCCUUUCUCUCUCAAUAUCUAUUUUCUUUCUUUGUUUCACCACUUUUUCAAAUCAUGUCUUGCUACAAGGGAAAGUAUGCUGAUGAACUUAUUGCCAAUGCUACAUACAUUGGUACACCCGGAAAGGGUAUUCUAGCUGCCGAUGAGUCAACUGGCACAAUCGGAAAGCGUCUUUCUAGCAUCAAUGUUGAGAAUGUCGAAUCGAACAGGAGAGCCCUUCGUGAGCUUCUUUUCUGCACUCCUGGAGCCCUUGAUUGCCUUAGCGGAAUCAUCCUUUUCGAAGAAACUCUCUACCAGAAAACCGCUGCUGGUAAGCCUUUUGUUGAUGUGAUGAAAGAGGCUAAUGUCCUACCAGGAAUUAAAGUCGAUAAGGGUACCGUCGAGCUAGCUGGAACCAAUGGUGAAACCACUACCCAAGGUCUAGACGGUCUUGGCCAAAGAUGCGCUCAGUACUAUGCUGCUGGUGCUCGUUUUGCCAAGUGGCGUGCAGUCCUAAAGAUUGGUGCCAACGAGCCAUCUCAACUAGCCAUCAAUGAAAACGCCAAUGGGUUGGCCCGAUAUGCCAUCAUCUGUCAAGAAAAUGGUCUUGUUCCAAUCGUUGAGCCCGAGAUUCUUGUUGAUGGACCACAUGACAUCAACAAAUGUGCUGAUGUAACAGAACGUGUGCUAGCCGCGUGUUACAAGGCUCUUAACGACCACCAUGUCCUUCUUGAGGGUACUCUUUUGAAGCCCAACAUGGUCACCCCUGGAUCUGAUGCCAAAAAGGUUGCACCCGAGGUUGUGGCAGAGUACACUGUCCGUGCUCUUCAACGAACCAUGCCAGCAGCCGUUCCAGCUGUUGUGUUUUUGUCUGGUGGUCAGAGUGAGGAAGAGGCCACUGUUCACCUAAAUGCCAUGAACCAAUACAAGGGUAAAAAGCCAUGGAGCCUAACUUUUUCAUUCGGGCGUGCUCUACAACAGAGCACCCUCAAGGCAUGGGCCGGAAAAGAAGAAAAUGUUAAGAAGGCACAGGACGCCUUCCUUACAAGGUGCAAGGCCAACUCUGAUGCAACCCUCGGGAAAUAUCAGGGCGGCGCUGCUGUUGAAGGCGCCACCGAGAGCCUCCAUGUUAAGGAUUACAAGUACUAAUUAUUUCUCAUGGGUUUGAAUCAUUUCUCAUGAGUUUGAUUCUCUGUUAUGUGAAAGGAGAUAUGACUAUUUUUUUCCAUAUUGUUUUUGUUUUGAAAGAGGGGUGUUUAAGCCUCGGGCAUACUCUUUAGUUGUCUUUUGAUUUUUAAUUUUUGUCUAGUGUUUUUAGUAACGAUGGGAAUAAGCUUGAGAAAAAUCAAGUACUGGUUCAAUUUAUUGAUAUCUUGAACCUUUUUUAUAAAAAUUUUCUUUUAUGCCUUCUCA